GCUGUCAAACCGAAAAACAGCGCAGCUCGCUCAUGAGGUAAUCGAAUCAACAACAAAACCCACCACCCGCUCGGCGUCCGGCAAAACCGGUGCUGAAAUUAUUACUUAAGCGUGUUUGGAGGCUGGGCCUGGGCGGAAGCAAAUAAUACACAGAACACAGGUACAGAACGAGGUUUUGAGAUGGCUUUGCUUGCACGUGCCUGCGGUCCCUGGCCGCUGCUGUGGAGCCGUUCGGUACAGACGGUCGGCAUUCGAUUGCAGUCGACCCGGUUGCAGGAGGACGGCGCUCGCUCGGGCGGUCUCGAAGAAGAAGAGUUCCGUGUGCUGAACUUGAAGCAAACAAAGUCACAGCGGCUAGCUCGCCGGAAAGCGACCCGUCCGGAGGUUCCACCGCCUCGCUCACAGCAGAUGGCCACGGACCAGGACUGGGGUGCGGUGUGGCCCGGGCCGCGCACGUUCAACCCGUCCGCCGUGCCGCUCCCGAUCCGGCAGGGGUACGUGACGAAGCGCAACCAAAUGUCACCCGGCAAGUUUGCCAACGCGGAGCUGAUGAAGAUACCGAACUUUUUGCAUUUAACGCCCCCGGUCAUCAAGCGGCAGUGCGAAGCGCUGAAACAGUUCUGCACUCCCUGGCCGAAGGGGCUGGAGACGGAGGAAAAGAUGCGGGCCCACUAUCCGGUGACGUGCGUCACGUCCGACUACUGCCACGCGCUGCCCACGAUACGCAAUCCGCUGUCGCGCAUCGUCACGGUGCAGGUGGAGCUGGGCGCGCUGCAGCUCGAUCGGCACGCGCGCGACAAGCUGCUGCGGCUGGUGGGCGAACGGUACGACCCGGACACGGAUCUGCUCACGAUCGUGACGGACCGGUGCCCGCUCAAGAAGCAGAACUACGAUUACGCGAUCUAUCUGCUGACCGCGCUGUACCACGAGUCGAACACGGUGGAACCGUGGGAGGCGACCAAGUGCGAGGCGGACAUGGAGUUUUUCGACUACGAGCAGAGCCGCAGCAAACGGAACGCGGAAGCGACGCUUAACUGGGGCCGAAAGGAAGGAGACAGCGGUUGGCAGCAGGUGCCGGAAGCGUACGGGGAGGCGGUAUCGAGGCUGUUCAACGAGGGCGAGAACGAGUAUAAUAUAGCCAAGUAUAAGGAGCAAACGUUAGCGCUGCUCGGUUUGGCCGGGGCGGAGCAGGUGGCGCAAUGAGGAGUGGAAGGGGGGGGGGAGGAGAGGAGGGUAGUGAGUAGAGGUG